AAAAUUUUAAAAGUUUGACUAAGUGUUGUCCAAAACAUCAUGUAUUUGUGAUUUGAGGAAGUAUUAUUUUUUUCAAGCUUGGAUCUUGGAAAUGAUUAGCGCUGUUGCGCACAGGGAGGAAGAACAUCAUGCGAGGUUAGCUGGGAAGUGGGGAACCAGCGCUAGCAAGCCGGCAUCAUCAAUCGCAUCCGUCCAUCAGAGAACAUUGGACAUGGAGUUCUUCACGGAGUAUGGGGAGGCGGGCCAGUAUCAGAUCCAAGAGGUCAUUGGCAAGGGAAGUUAUGGAGUAGUCGCAUCUGCAGUUGAUACUCACUCUGGGGAGCGGGUUGCAAUCAAGAAGAUAAAUGAUGUGUUUGAGAAUGUCUCAGAUGCCACCCGCAUUCUGCGGGAAAUCAAGCUUCUUCGGCUGCUUCGCCACCCAAACGUAGUCCAGAUCAAACACAUUAUGCUGCCCUCUACCCGAAGGGAGUUCAGAGAUAUUUAUGUUGUUUUUGAGCUCAUGGAGUCUGACCUACAUGAAGUGAUAAAAGCAAAUGAUAACCUAACUCCAGAGCAUCACCGAUUUUUCUUGUACCAACUCCUUCGUGCUCUCAAGUACAUCCAUGCAGCUAAUGUAUUUCAUCGUGACUUAAAGCCCAAGAACAUACUGGCCAAUUCAGAUAGCAAAUUGAAGAUCUGUGACUUUGGACUUGCACGUGCAUCAUUUAAUGACUCUUGUUCGGCUAUCUUUUGGACCGAUUAUGUAGCAACAAGGUGGUAUCGAGCUCCUGAGUUGUGUGGCUCCUUUUUCUCCAAUUACACCCCUGCAAUUGAUAUUUGGAGCAUAGGGUGCAUAUUCGCUGAAGUUCUCACUGGAAUGCCAUUAUUUCCUGGGAGGAAUGUCGUGCACCAAUUAGAUUUAAUAACAGAUCUGCUUGGAACUCCAUCAUCCGGAUCCUUAUCCCGGAUUCAUAGUGACAAGGCCAGGGGGUAUUUAGUUGGCAUGCCGAGGAAACAUCCUAUUCCCUUUUCUCAUAAGUUCCACAAUGCUGAUCCUCUGGCUCUCCGCUUGUUAGAGCGUUUACUUGCAUUUGACCCUAAAGAUCGACCUACUGCUGAAGAGGCUUUAGCUGAUCCAUAUUUUAGUGGCCUUGCUAAAUUGGAACGGGAGCCUUCAGCACAACCAAUUUCAAAGCUUGACUUUGAGUUUGAGGGAAGAAAACUAACAAAGGAUGAUGUAAGAGAAAUGAUAUAUCAGGAGAUUUUGGAGUACCAUCCACAGAUGCUUCAGGACUACAUCGAAGGUGGAGAACAGAUUAGCUUCCUAUACCCGAGUGGGGUUGAUCGCUUCAAGAGACAGUUUGCUCAUCUUGAGGAGAACUACAGAAGAGGAGUGAGAAGUACCCCAAUGCGGAGACAACAUGCAUCUUUGCCAAGGGAGAGAGUCUGUUCAUCGAAAGAUAGCAAUAAUCAAGACUCUGACAAUGAAGAGAGGAGAGCGGCAUCUUCGGUUGCCCGAACAACCAUAAGCUCCCCAAGAUCACAAGAAGAGGGGCAGAAGCAUGAAUCAGCCUAUCAGAAUGGCACAAACAAUUCAAAUUUUGUAAAGAGCUGUCUGAAGAGUGCUGCUAGUAUCAGAGCUUCCAAGUGUGUCAUUAAUUGGAACAAAGGCCUGACGGAGGAUGGAAUCUCUGAGGACGUGAAAGAGGAGGUGGUGGUCAAUGAACUGACAUACAAGGUAACCAGGAUGCUCACCUAGGUCAGCAUCCACGCUACCAGUGCGAUUCCAGUUCGAGAUCUCUAUCAGAUAUCAUGGAUCUCAACGACGUAUGAGUCCACCAAGGUAGGGAAGAAGAAAAGAAACGUGCCGGUCAUCUAUAUGUGCCCUGCAAAGCUUCGAGACAACUAUCUAGAUCAUCUUAGAUUGCUCAAGCAUCAUGCUUCGAGAAAUGCAUUAUGUGGUUAAAGUAACCUGUCCAGUAGAGUUUGGAGGGCUAGAUUUUGGCAACUCUGUUGUGCUCACUCUCCUUGUUACCGUCUUUAACGAAUUAUAACCGAUUUCAGUGGUAAUGCUGCAUCAUCUGGUUCUGAC